AUGAAGUUAAACAUUGUCCCUUCUCUGGUCCUACUACAGUCACUCGCCUGCGCAGCGUUGAACGCCCCGUUCAGCGUCUCAGGUCGGUGGAUCCAUGACUCCAAGGGCGAGGUCUUCACCUACGCUGGGGCCAAUUGGCCCGGUGCGGGUGAGGUCAUGAUCCCCGAGGGGAUGCAGUACGCUUCCAUCGCGUCGACAGUCUCCAAGCUCAAGGGCCUGGGAAUGAAUGUCAUUCGUUUGACUUUCCCCAUUGAGCUGGUCGAUGAUAUUUUGGACAAAGGUGGAGACGUCACCGUCCAGAACUCGCUGAUCAACGCGCUGGGAUCAACGAACGGGACAAAGGUUUUCGAUCAGAUCCGCAAGGUGAACCCCCAGAUCAAGUCGACGACGACCCGUCUUGAAGUCUUUGAUAUGGUGGCCGCGGAGUGCAAUAAACAAGGACUCUAUAUCCAUUUGGAUAAUCACAUCUCCAAGGCUAUGUGGUGUUGUUCCCAGACCGACGGCAAUGCCUGGUUUGGCGAUACCUACUUCGACGUUGCCAAGUGGAUGCGAGGACUGGAGUAUAUGGUUUCUCAUGCCAAAAAAUGGCCCAACUUUGUCAGUAUCGGACUGCGCAAUGAGCUUCGCCAGCCCUCCACAAGCAACACGCAGUACCCGUACAACUGGGGGACAUGGUACACACAGGUGACGACAGCAGCGAAAAGGGUCAACGCAGCCAAUCCUGAUGCGCUGAUCUUUCUGUCUGGCCUGAACUACGAUACCACGCUCGCGCCCAUCCCGACAGCAUCGGAUCUCGGCAACGGGGUGAGGUUCCGUCUCUCCGACUUCAGCUUUGCGAAUAAGCUGGUCCUGGAGCUUCACAACUAUGACACCGGUGCGACCAGCUGCAGCGCGCUGUCUGGUGCGCUAUGGAACGCCGGUUUCAAGGCCCAGAACUCGUCUGACCCGUCGAUUGUGAACCCGAUGCCCGUCGUUCUGACCGAAUUUGGGUUCCUGCAGGACAGUACCACCUGGAAGAAUGUGUAUGCCAGCUGUCUGCGGACAUGGAUUCCCGAGCAGCGCGCAGGUUGGACCACCUGGGUUAUUGCCGGGAGCUACUACAUUCGGCAAGGCACGCAGGAUAUGGAUGAGACAUGGGGUAAGAGCCAUUCCAAAGGUGUUGCUGUGUUAAAAUGCUAA